AUGGUGAAGAAGAGGAGAGGAGAUGGUGAAGAAGAGAAAGCAGAAGAAGAGAAGGAAGAAGAAGACGAAGAAGAAGAAGAAAAAGAAGAAACAGAAGAAGAUGAAGAAAAAAAGAAGAAGACGAAGCUUAGGGUUAGUAGGCUUAGGAUGAAUAGGCUUAGGCUUAGUAGGCUUAGGCUUAGUAGGCUUAGGCUUAGUAGGCUUAGACAUAGCAUGCUUAAGUUAAGUAACCUUUUGUUUAUUAGGUUUAAGCUUGGCAGUUUAUGCUUAUAACCUUUAUCUCAGGUUGAUUAUGCAGCCAUAGGCAUUGGCUUAUUCAAUCCUAAGCUUGAGUCCAACAGCCUAAUGACAAGUUCUUUGCAAAACAUGUUUAAUAAACCAAGUCUCAUAAGACGGUUGUGUAAAUGUCAUGCUAACAUGUCUACACCCGGCUGACUCAUAACAUGAUCGGCAAAGAGUAGCAUUCUCUCGUGAGUGUUCCGCUGAUUUCGAACGAAUUAUUAAAAAUAUGUGGCCCGUGAUGGAUGGCGGGGAUGAUUGAAGGUUUGCCUCUUUUUAGCCCCUCCGGAGGCAGCCGGUCGGGCCCCGUUUUUUCGUUCUAUUAUUAUGAGGCGUGGCCAUAUAAUAUUGGGACACAAAUCGGCUAUCAAAAAUUUAAUUGUUUUUGACAAUUGAAAGAAGUUUCUUUUUCGAAUUUUAAUUGGCACUGGAGGCGUGAUAUUGAUUAAAAACGGCAUAAAUAUUAUGACUUUUUAAAAAACUUUUGACUUGUUUGAAUUUUUUUUGGGUUUUAAAAUUGGACUUGGAUUUUUAGGCUUAUCACAAUAUAUUAGGCUUGCUUUACAAUGUUUCAGCAUAGCAAAUAAAAUUAAGGUUUAGAGCAGUAAUUUUAGGCUUAACAAGUAAAAUCUAGGCUUGUUGGUAAAUUUUAGGUCAGCAGGUAUUUUAGGCUUGUUUUACAAUGUUUAAGCAUAAAAAAUGGAAUUUAGGCUUAGCACAAUAUUUUAGGCUUAACACAACCUUUAGGCUUGUUGGUAAAUUUUAGGUUUACAAGUAUUUAGGCUUAGCUUGAAAUUUGGGGGUUAAAAACUAGGUUUUUAGGCUUAUUGCACAAUUUGAAGCCAAUUCUUAAACUUAACGAAGAUGUUUAGGCUUGUCAAACAAUUUUUUUCUUGAUUUAUGAUUUUUAGGCUUAGCACUGAAUAUUUGGUUAACGGAGAAAGGGGGGGGGGAGGUGUAUGUAUAUAGUAUAAAAGUUAAAGUAGGGUAGGGUAGGGUAGGGUAGGGUAGGGUAGGUCUGUACUAUAUAAAACACUAUUCCGUGUAGUACUAAUUUUUUCACACAUAAUGUAAUUUCUAGAGUACCAGUCAAAAAUUGGGACCAAAAAGCGUUUGUCGCGGCUGGAGCUGGGCGCCGCGGCGCUUCGAGCCGACUCCGACGCGGCCAAAAUUCAAAUGGAGCGCAGUCCAAUGGCCAUAAAAUGUUGUUAUUUGUUUAUUGGCGUCGGAGUCUUUGUCUUCUCGAUUCUGGUUACGGUGGCCUUCUUUGCGCUGAGUGGACAGUGUCCCGGGGUAGGUUUAUAUAAGGUACUUUUUGAAAUUUUGAAAUAUUUUUGAAUUUUGACAUAUUUGAAUCGACAUAACUUUGUAAUAAAAAUAAGUAUAAAUUUGAAAUUUGGUAGAAACAUGCCAUUUUACAACAUGGUUUUAAAAAUUUUGUAAAAAAAUUUUGGGGCCAUACUAGAGAAAGCACCCAACAUAAUAAAGGCACCCACUAAUGUUUUAAAGCACCCAGCAAUCUUUAUUCAAAUUUUAUUAUUAUGAAACGUAGCGCUUUCGAAGAGCGGUGUAGAAGUGUCCAAUUCGUGAAUGGCGAUUGUUGUAGCGAAAACUGAAAAAAAUAUAAUAAGGUUCACGGCUACUGUAACUAGAUAGUUGGCCACUAUAACUAGAUGGUUGGCUACUGUAACUAAGAAAUGGGCUACUAUAACUAGAUAGUUGGCCACUAUAACUAGAUGAUUGGCUACUAUAACUAGUUAGUUGGCUUUUAGCUACUGAAACUAAAUAAUGGGCUACUGUAACUAGAUAGUUGGCCACUAUAAAUAGAUAGUUGGCUACUGUAACUAAAUAGUAGGCUACUACAACUAAACAAUGGGUUACUAUAACUAAGAUAACAUUAAUACCAUAGUAAAAUCAAACGUAUUCUUUAAUUAAAUACUAAAUUCUUACCUGUUAUCCAUCUGUAUAGCAUAGUAAAAGUCUUCACAAACUCGGUAGAAGGUGACUUCUUUGAAGGUGGUUGAUAUUGGCCUAGGUUGUCAGGUUGUCGAUGGAUCCAUGAUCACCACGGUCAGAUUCCAUGCUGACCCGACCGUCACACGCAGUCGAUAAAAUAUGAAUGACCGUUUUCAAAAAAGGAAUAACAAUAAAAUUAAAUUGCAAGAUUAUGCAAAAUUUGAAUACUUUUGGGUGCCUUAAAUAGGAUAAAAAUUGGGUGCUUUCAUUAGUAAUAAGGUCCAAGCGGAAUCGAACUUUUUUGUUUUUUGACAUUUUUGACUGGUCAUAACUUUGUUAGAAAAAUAGGAAAAAACUUGAAUUUUUAUAGAAACAUGCCACUUUACAUUGUUUUUUAAUGUUUAGUUUAAACUUUGUUAAAAAUUUUUUUUUGAAGUUUACGAGUUACUGAGCGGAAUCGAACUUUUUUUUGAUUUUUGACAUUUUUAAAUAGUUAUAACUUUGUUAUAAAAUUAGGUAUAAAGUUGAAAUUUUGUAGAAACAUGCCAUUUUACAUGAUGUUUAACAUUUGUUGUCUAAUUUUUGUCAAAAAAAUUUUUUUUUUAAUUUUGAAUUUUUUCAAGCGGAAUCGAACUUUUUUUGGAUUUUUGACGUUUUCAAAUAGGCAUAACUUAGUGAUAUGAAUAGGUAUAAAGUUGAAAUUUGGUAAAAGUAUGUCAUUUUACAUGGGUUUAAAUAUUUUUUAUUUAGAUUUUGUCAAAAAAAAAUUUUUUUGAAUUUUUUUUUCUGAGCGGAAUCGAACUUUUUUGAUUUUUUGACAUUUUCAAAUAGUCGUAACUUUGUUAUAAAAAUAGGUAUAAAUUUGAAAGUUGGUGGAAACAUUCCAUUUUACAUGUCUAUUAAAUAUUUUUAUGUCGUUUAUGUAAAAAAAAUUUUGAAAUUUUAAGACGUUGAAGAGGAAUCGAACUUUUUUGGAUUUUUGACAUUUUUAACUAAUGAUAACAUUGUUAGAAAGAUGGGUAUAAAGUUGAAAUUUGGAAGAAGGAUGCCAUUUUACAUAGUUUUUUUAAAUUCUGUUUAGUGUUUUUUUUUAAUUUUUUUUUAAUUUUGAUUUUUUCAAACGGAACCGAACUUUUUUUUAAUUUUUGACAUUUUCAAAUAGUCAUAACUUUGUUAUAAAAUUAGUUAUAAAGUUGAAAUUUGGCGAAAAUAUGCUUUUUUAAAUGCUUUUAAUACCUUAUUUUAAAAUUAAAAAAAUAAUAAUAAAAAACUGCUUUAGGGCAAAAUCCCCUCCCUAUACACCUACCAGCAAGCCUUUGACAAAUUCGCCGAAAAACUGGAGCAACGUGCUCGACCUCGAAACCUAACGGACGAAGAGCUAUCACAACGUCUAGUACGACGAAUUAACGAACAUCCACGUCGUACUUGGACAGCACGCUUCAAUAUUGAUGCUGUUGGCAUGGAGGAACAGAAGAAACUUUCCGACCGGAUGACCGAGGGUAAUAACAUUACGACCGACCUAUAUAUGGUAAUGACGGACAUGUUGAAUACAGUAAGACUAAAAGGGAUAUUUCAUCAGAAGUACAGUAAGCACAUAACGAGGCUGGCGAGGGUGAUUUCUGAUGGCUUGCCGGUCAGUUUUGAUGCUAGAAAGAAGUGGCCGGAGUGUCAGACCGGGCGGAUUUAUGAUCAGGGUGGAUGUGGGUCUUGUUGGGUAAGUGGCGUCUUUUACGGAGUAAUUUUUUUUGUACUAUAUGUAUCAGUAUUAUCUUAUUGUUAAAGUAGGGUCAGUAACAUACCAAAAAAAAUUUAAAAAAACUUUUAAAAAAUGCCAUUGUUUAUGCGAUGACAUAAAAUAUUAUGACGUUUUAGGCUGUAUCAGCCUCAUCAGUCAUGUCAGACCGCAUUUGCAUACGAACGAACGGUAAACGAAUACGAUUAUCUGCCCAGAAGCUGAUUGAAUGUUGCAGUUACUGUGGAGGGUAAGUUGAUUUUCAUACACUACCGUACUCUACCUUACCUUACCGUAUCCUACUUUACCAUAUCGUACUCUACUCUACCCUACCUUACCGCUCCCUACCGUAACAUACCGUACCCUACUUCACCCUACCGUACCCUAGUUUAACAUACCGUACCCUACCGUACCGUACCCUACUUCACCCUACCCUGCCUUACCCUACCCUGCCCUACCCUACCCUACCCUACCCUACCCUACCCUACCCUAUCCUAUCCUACCCUAUCCUACCCGACCCUACCGUACCUUACCGUACCCUACUUUACCCUACCUUACCGUACCCUACUCUACAGUAAUGAAUUUAUACCGUAACUAUUAUAACCUGCCUUUACUAUAGAUGCAAUGGCAGUGUCGAACCUCUGAUGCCAUUCUACUAUUGGUACGAGUCGGGUAUGGUAACCGAGGAGUGUUACCCAUAUACCGUAUCUCGUGACUGUGGCUACCCAUGCAAGCUCGAGACCUACUUCAAGCCUAAGGGCGUGAAUCAAUGUUCCACAACGUGCCAGAACGGUCGUACGGAACGACGACGGCACGCUGAUUAUGUUUACCGUAUUGGUACUGUAAAUGGUACUAAUAAGAGUAUCAUGAACUCAUUGUCAUCAACAUACGAACAUCUAGCCGAUAAGAACGGUUGGCCGCGACAGGUUGACGAUCUGAUGUUAGCCAAGGCCGAGUUGAUUGAGUUCGGGCCGUUUACUGUGUGUUUUCACGUGUACGAAGGGUUUCUACAUUACUAUGACGGUAUUUACAAGAGAAUCGAGCAUCUGGAGCAGCUGCAUGUAUAUGAUCAUUGUGUCAAGACUGUGGGGUGGGGUAAAGAGAAUGGCACUGAGUAUUUUGUCGCUGUCAAUAGUUGGAGCGAGAAGUGGGCCAAGGAUGGUAAGGAGUUGUAAUUUAAGGUCUGGCGGGGGUGAGGUUGGGGGAGGGGGGGGAAGGGCGAGGGAUAGUGUAAAAUACGGUAGAUCAAUGGUUAUGAGAUAAGAAUAAGACUGAGAUGGACUGGGCUGUGCAAGACUAAGCUGGGCUGCGCUGGGCUCUGGUGGGCUAGACUGGGCUGUGUUUGGCUGUGCUGAGCUGGACUAGGGCUAAUCAAGAGUUAAAACUAGGGCUAGGCUUAAGGCUAUGGCUAAACUGGGUUAUACUAGGCUUUUUUAAGCUGGUCAGGGUUGGGAUGGACUUGGCCUAGAACUCUGGGCUAGGGCUCUGGGCUAGGGCUCUUAGCUAGGGCUGAGCUGAGAUGAGCUGGCUUGGCUUUACUAGGCUAUGCUGAACUGGUGCUUGGCUGGGCUGGGCUUGGCUAGGGCUCUGAGCUAGGGCUUUGGGCUCUGGCCUAUGGGCUAGGGAUAGAGCUGUCUAGUUCUGCCUAGCUCAGCUCAGCAGCCUAAAGCAACACAGCCUACAUAGCUUAUCCUAAAAGAAUUUAACCUAGCUCAGCUUAGCACAGCGCACCACCGCCUUCUCGUUAGCACUAGCCCUAGGCCAAGUCCAAACCGAUACCCAAAUGUUUUUCUAGGACCAGCUCUCUACCGUGUUCAUACCAUACAGUAAUUAAGCGUGACUAUGUUUUAACCUUCUGUACCCGAUGGGUCCGAUAGGGCUAGAACUCUAGGUUAGGGUAGGGUAGGGGUUUUUAAUUGAUGACAUUUCUUUCUAGGUACCUUCAAGUUGGACUUGGCCAUGUUGAUGGAGAGCCGUGGGGAUAUGUAUUCAGCUAUGGCCGAUUUAAAUUAUUGA